UUAUGUGGCCCUCACAAGAAAGAGUUUAGGGACCCCUGGUUUAGAGACACAGGCAGCCUCAGGUUCACUUUUUCAUCAGUAGAUUCUUUUUUUUGGACUGAAGUGGACGGUUUGCUGCCUUCACUUCAACAAAAAACCAACAAUUAUAAUAAACUGUUUUUAAAUCCUUGUCUUAAAAUGUUCUCCAGAACAUUCCUCUUCUCAGAGUUUCUUCUUCUGCUACAGGUUUUCUCAGGAACGGAAUACUAUGUUUCAACAAGAAGUAAUGUGUGUACGACAGGUUGGAGGAGACUGUUCUGCUUGGUCAGACAAAAUACGUCUUUACUUCGUCCUGCUGCGACGUUUGAACUUCUGUCAGGUCACAGACAGAACGAGGAACAGAGAAACCAGCAGCGAUGAAUGAGGUCAGUCAACAACAGGACUGGAGCGUGUUGUGAAGAAGGUGGGAUGGCUCUUCUGGAAGCAGCGGGACACUCCGAUGUUCCCGCAGAACCGGAUGUCUUCACACCCACGUGAACCUCUGGAAUCUGCCCGCUCCAAGUGGAUCAACCGGAUCUAAUCCGUCACGAGGUGGAAAGAUGAUCAACAGGAAUAAACGGCGUCUAGACCGCAGCGUUGAGUCAGGGUCAUGCCUGCGCGGCGUGGCCUCCAGCCGCUACCUCUCUGAUAAAAGGCAAAGAGGAGGAGCAGUGAAGACGGAGUCGGCGUGAGGACGACCAUCAGCUUUUAGAGAUGGCGGUCGCUCUUUUCUCCAUCCUGGCUGUCGCUGUCGCCGGGGUUCACUGCUACCCUGCCACCUUCCAGGAGCUGCAGCCAAGCAGCAGAAACAGAAGCUCCAUUCGGUUCCUGGCGGUGGGGGAUUGGGGCGGCGUGCCAUACCCGCCGUACGUCACUCCUGUGCAGAAGACCACGGCCCGGGAGAUGAGUAAAGUGGCCGAGCAGAUGGGGGCGGACUUCGUUCUGGCCCUGGGCGAUAACUUCUACUUUAAAGGUGUGAACAGCGUGGACUCUCCUCGGUUCCAGGAAACCUUCGAGUCCGUCUACACUGCCAAGUCCCUGCGAGUCCCCUGGUAUGUCAUUGCUGGAAAUCAUGACCACGCUGGGAACGUGAAAGCCCAGAUCGAGUACUCCCAGAGAUCUGACCGAUGGAAGUUCCCUUCCUAUUACUACGAGCUGGACUUUCGCAUUCCCAACACGGGGAAGACUCUGAGCAUCAUCAUGCUGGACACCGUGAUGCUGUGUGGAAACUCUCUGGACUACGAGGACGAGAAGCCCAGAGGGCCGGCGUUUGCCGCCGAGGCCAACCGCCAGCUGGUCUGGCUGCAGGAGCGGCUGGCUGGCUCAAAGGCGGACUUCCUGUUGGUGGCGGGCCACUAUCCGGUGUGGUCCAUCUCUGAGCACGGGCCCACUGAGUGUCUGCUGCAGGGGGUUCGUCCUCUGCUCGUCCAGCACAACGUCACGGCCUACUUCUGCGGCCACGACCACAACCUGCAGUACCUGGAGGAGCUGGGUGUGGGAUAUGUGGUGAGCGGCGCCGGGAACUUCCUGGAUCCUGAUGUCCGUCACAAGGACCACGUUCCUGCAGGUUCUCUGAAGUUCUUCACGGGCCAGGCUUCAACGCUGGGAGGGUUCGUGCACGCAGAGGUCACAAAUGACAAGAUGAUCCUGACCUACUUCCAGGCUAAAGGCACCUCCCUGUUCCAGACUGUUCUCUCCCGGAGGGAGUUUAAAUAGAGAAGCAGCGACCGGUGAAAGCUGGAGUAAUCUGCAGGGUAGAUUUAAAAAACAAAAAAUAUCUUAAAAGAUUUUAUAGGUAAAUUUCGUUAAACGUUUUAAAAUGAGACUUUGUUGUAAAAUAAAUGUUGUUUGUUAUUGUCACUUUGAGUCAUGUGACUUCAAGCUUCAGGGGCGGGAUCCUCAUGACCUGAUUUGUCCGGAGGAAUUCCAUAUUCUCUGCAGAACUCUUCUUUGAGCCUGAACUGUGUGGAUCUGCCUGGUGGGGGCGCUGUUUCAACCAGGUCAAAAGCUUGCAGAAGGUUCCAGUCAUGCUCAUCUGAGCUUCAGUGUGUUGUUGUUGACCUCUGCGUGAAACGCCAGCUCUGCACAGACUGCAGGGACGGUUUAAUGCUGUGGAUCGUUUGUGAAAUCACCCUGAUGUGAGAGUGGAGCUGCUCCGUCUGGAGGCAGGCGCCUGCAGAAAACCUGAACUUCAGAAUCGAGCUCUGACACUUUCAUGAACUUUGAGUGAGAUCUAUGGAAUGUACUCAAUGGUUUGUUUGCAAUAAACAUGUUCAGAACAAAUGAAA